AUGACCGAAAAUCCUCAAAUAAAGACGAAAUUCAAAAGUUUGGAUGACCUAAUUGAGCUAAGAUGGUACUGUAUUCUAAUAUUGAUUAUGGCUGAGACUACUGCAUUUAUUUCAAUGGCAAAUGUUACAUUGAUGGUCUUUGCGGGUGCCACUCCUACAGUAAUCGGAUGUGACAAUACCACAAUCAGCGAUUGUCAUGAAUUCGAAAGUUUUAAAAAUGCAUCAAAAUGUUCGAAUCCAGUUUUGGAGUAUCAAUUUGAGUCUGUGCAAGUUGAGUUCAAUUACAUCUGUGAUAAAGCUAAAAUGGUGAAGAAUACAAUAACUGUUCAAACGUUUGGAAUCGUCGUUGGAGCUGCAAUUUUCGGUCAAAUUUCAGAUAGUUUUGGAAGACGAAAAACUCUAAUAAUCUCAAGUAUGGGAAGUGCCCUAUUUAAUCUCAUUGCUUCCUACUCCUCCAAUCUUUUUUAUUUCGCUCUAUGGAGAUUUUUUUCUGGAAUCUUCGCCGGUGGAGUUAGUGUCGUUCAAAUGGUUUAUCUAAUUGAGAAUGUGCCGAGAUAUCAUCGAAUGUGGAUUCAGAACACAUUUACCUGGUCGCCAAACUAUAUCAUUUUUGCCUAUUUCGCAUGGUUGGCGCAGGAUUGGCGUACACUUUUGAUAGUGGUCUCGGCCGCAUCGGCGUUAUCAGUAUUGGUAUUACUACUUCUCGAAGAAUCACCUCGUUGGUUGGUGCAAAAAGGGAAAAUCGAAGAAGCCAGGAGACUUUUCAUUAAAAUUCGAAAAAUCGAUCGUUUAUAUUCGGAAGACUUUGAGAAGGAUCUAGAUGAGGUGUUGAGAAUUGAAGCGGAAAAAGAGGAAGACGCGAAAAUGACAAAAAAUACACAUUUAUUCAUUUGUGCUGCACAUGGAAAAUGUUGGGACAAACAGCCACUUUUCUGCAUCUGCUCGUCAAUGACCAUGUACGCUCUUCUGUUCAACAUGGAAAAGCUUUCAGGAUCCAUCUACUGGAAUGGGGCUAUUAUUGGGGCCACCCGUUGGAUCAUCAACAUUACCGUGAGUCUGGCAGACUACAAACUACAAUGGUUUGGACGCAAAAUGAGUGUCACGCUAUCUACAGUAAUCACACUGAUUUGUCUAUCUGGAAUUAUAGUUUUCAUGAAGACUGGAAAUGUUCUAUCCAUUGGAACAAACCUAAUAAUCUCCAUGUGCGCUCAAUUAUUCCUGUCCAAGUAUCUAAUUGUGAACGAGUUAUAUCCAACGGCUGUAAGGAAUCUAGCAAUGUCAGCAGUUUCUACAAUGUGCAGAGUUGGAGCAAUGUUCUCACCGCAGCUUUUUUAUUUGAGCGAUAUUGCUGAAUGGAUUCCUUAUGCAGUUCUCAUUGGAUUCCAAUUUGUGGAUCUUCUCAUUUUCAGUUUAUUCAUUCCAGAAACCAAAGGAGUCCAUUUGGAAAAUCAUUUACCUUCGAAACAUGGGAGAAUUUUCGGGAAAUCUGAUUAA